AUGUCUUUAGAGUCCAAUUCAGCUUUCAGAAAUAGCAUUUCGUCGUACAUUCCCAAGGGGGUGUCCUUUAAUGAGCUGGAAGAGCUCGAGCGCCAGGAAAAGAAGCACCCGCUUCCCACAUUCGAUUUCGAGGUCGCGUUCGCGCUGGGCUGCUUUGUGCGCGAGAACGCGAUUCGGUUGUUCCCUGAUAAGGCCAUUGUGAUCGACAUCUCCUUGCCAUCAGGUCAAUGUCUGUUCCACACCACCACGAACCACGGCACGGCCCUGGACAACGAUCUAUGGGUGCAGCGCAAGCGGAACACUGUGUUCCGGUUCGGACACUCUAGUCUCUUCAUGGGCAGGAAAAUGAGCAGCAAAAAGGCGAAGACAAUGGAAGAAGCAUUCUACAUCAGCCACGAAAACUAUGCUGUUCAUGGUGGGGCCAUCCCACUUUUUGUCGAAGCCAUUGACGCCGUUGUUGCGUGUCUCACCGUUUCGGGGCUCAAGCAAGAGGAGGAUCACACGCUCGCGAUGGCGACACUGGGUGGGUUCUUGCAAAAGCAGUCACAGGACCAUUUAAGUCUUGAUUGA